AUGGAAAAUUCUUCUCCACUGAAUACUUGUCACGCUCGUUUCCACAAGCUUUACAUUAUCAUCCACUGGUUUCAUGCAGUCAUCCACUGCACUGCCAUAACUUUCUUGGUUUACUAUAGAGUUUCCUUUCUCUUCCAAGACCCCCAAACCAGAGCCACCCCUGUUGUGCCAUGGCUUCUAGUUUUUGCCUCCGAGCUGCUUCUCUCUUUCAUGUGGCUCCUUGGCCAAGCUUACCGUUGGAGACCCGUUUCUCGAACUGUAUUUCUGGAAAACUUGCCGGAAGAUGAUAAACUUCCGGCCAUCGAUGUGUUUAUAUGUACUGUGGAUCCAAAUAAGGAGCCCACUGUGGGGGUAAUGAACACUGUAUUGUCGGCUAUGGCUUUGGACUAUCCUGCAGAGAAGACUCAUGUGUAUUUAUCAGAUGAUGGUGGUGCUUCUAUAACUUUAGUAGGUAUGAGAGAGGCUUGUAGGUUUGGAAGAUGGUGGCUUCCAUUUUGUAGGAAAUAUGGAAUCAAGACAAGAUGCCCCCAAGCUUAUUUUUCUGAUGCCAACGAUGAAGAUAAACACCGUUGGAGUAGUAAGGAAUUCAUAGCCGAGAGAGAAAUUAUUAAGGAAAAAUACGAGAAGUUCCAAGAAGUCAUACAGAGGUCCCCAGAAAAAGACUUCCUCGAAGAGCCAAGCACCAGUAACAGUCGAGAUCACCCUGCUGUCAUCGAGGUGAUAAAUGAAAGCUGCAGCGAGACAAUGGGAGAAGACCAAGUUCAAAUGCCCCUCCUUGUCUACGUUUCUCGGGAGAAAAGCCAUUCUCAUCCUCACCAUUUCAAAGCCGGAGCUCUAAACGCUCUUCUUAGGGUGUCAGGUUUGAUAAGCAAUUCUCCCUACAUACUAGUGUUAGACUGUGAUAUGUAUUGCAAUGGCCCAAGCUCGGCAAGGCAAGCAAUGUGUUUUCACCUUGAUCCCAAGAUAUCUCCUUCGCUGGCAUCAGUUUUCUUCCCUCAAAAGUUUCAUAAUAUCAGUGACAACGACAUUUAUGACAGCGAAAUUAGGCAGAUUUUUACGUUAAAUUGGUACGGUUCAGAUGGAUUGAGGGGACCAAUCUGGUCUGGUACGAACUGCUAUAUCAAGAGAGAGUCAUUAUAUGGGGAUUCUCUACAGGAAGGUUCAGAGCUAGAAGAGCUUAAAAAGGCAUUUGGCCCGUCCAAUGAGUUAAUCAAAUCUCUGAAGAUUAGUGGCAUUAUAAGUGGCGGAGAGUCUUCAAGCACAUUCCUACAGGAGACCAAAUUUCUAGCCUCCAGCACAUAUGAAGAUCACACGACAUGGGGUAAAGAGGCAAGGUCACUCCGGAACAUGAGAAAUGAGCAGAGAAUAUGGAUGAUAAAGUCAGUCACGAGUCAUUUGUAUGGAAGUUUGGAUGCUAUUACCAAGAGGCUUGGCUUGAGGAAAGCUAGUUUCCUCCUGACCAAUAAAGUUGCGGACAAUGAGCAACUUUGUCUCGGGUUUACUCCGUAUGCGUUUUUUCUUCAACAAGGUCUAUCCCAACCUAAUGGCCGAGUAGUUGACAAUAAAUAG